AUGGUUGCUAUUUCAAAAAGUCAUUGUUUACAAACAAAAAUGAAUUUAAAUAAUCCAUCAAAUGCAAGAAGUUUAUGUACAAUAUGUUAUGAAAAUUUAGUUGAUACACAAUUAUUACCAUGUCAAUGUACAUUAUGUAAUCAAUGUGCAAGUGUUAUUAAACGACCAAGUUUAUUAUCCGAUUGCCCAUAUGAUCGAAAACAUAUAACACAAAUUCGAUCAUUACCAUGA